AUGCACUGCCUCGCUCCCCACUUCCUCCUCCUCCUCCCACUCCCCUCCUCGGCCCCUCGCCACGCGCUCCCCCAGGCCUCCCCCGCUCCUCUCCUCCUCCCCUCCCACCCAGCCCAAGUCCACGCCGCCCCGGCCCCGCUCCACCUCCCCUCCGCGCGCUCCCCUUCCCGCGCCGCCGCCCCGGUCUCCGACGACGACGAGGACGAGGAAGCCGACGAGGAGGAUGACGACGAGGUAGACAUCCGCGACGCGGACGCGGAAGCGGACGAAGAGUACGACGACGAGGACUACGAGGGGGAGGAGGGCGAUGAGGAGCUGGACGAGGAGAGCGGCGGCGAGGACGAGGAGGAAGGGGACGAUGGGGAAGAGGAGGAUGUGCGGGACGAGAGUGCUGCGCGGAGGCGGAAGUCGGAGGAGUACAAGUAUCAGCGGGUGGGGAAGCUGGUCGCCGAGGUGCGGGAGUUCGGGGAGGAUAUCAUCGAUUACAACGAGCUCGCAGGGAUAUACGACUUCCGCAUUGACAAGUUUCAGCGACUGGCUAUACAAGCAUUUUUAAGAGGCUCAUCUGUCGUAGUUUCUGCACCUACAAGUAGUGGGAAGACACUAAUUGCCGAAGCUGCAGCUGUUGCAACAGUUGCAAGAGGGAGACGCCUCUUCUACACAACACCAUUAAAGGCCUUGUCUAAUCAGAAGUUCCGCGAUUUCCGGAAUACGUUUGGUGAUCAUAAUGUUGGUCUUCUUACAGGAGAUUCUGCUAUUAACAAAGAUGCUCAGAUCCUGAUAAUGACAACAGAGAUUCUGCGUAACAUGCUAUAUCAAAGUGUCGGUAUGACAGCAUCUGAAGGUAGAUUAUUUCAAGUUGAUGUCAUUGUUUUGGAUGAAGUCCAUUAUUUAAGUGACAUUUCGCGUGGCACUGUUUGGGAAGAAACUGUGAUAUAUUGUCCAAAGGAAGUCCAGCUUAUAUGCUUAUCUGCCACUGUUGCAAAUCCUGAUGAAUUAGCUGGCUGGAUCGGUCAGGGUGCCGAAAGGAAGAAAAGAGAAGAGGGAAGAAAGGAAACCACAAACCAGCUAGCUAGCCAUUGUCAUCAAAGACAUCUUGAUUUUCUUUGCAGUGAUGCUUUCUGCAACUAUGUUAAUAAAGUGCAUUGCAUUGCUUCCAGACUUUCAGCAGUAUGGCAGAUCCACGGUAAAACAGAGUUGGUGACAUCAAACAGACGGCCAGUUCCGCUUACUUGGCACUUCUCAAAGAAAUAUGCACUUGUACCACUUCUUGAUGGGAAAGGAAAGAAAAUGAAUAGGAAAUUGCGAAUGUCUCACUUCCAGAACUUAUCUUCCCCAAAAAGUGAAUACUAUUAUGUGAAAGGAAAGAGGAAGCUUAGAACAAAUAAAAAUGAGCAAGGUAACAGAAGCCCUUUGGACAUCUCAAAACAGGUUCAGCUGUCAAAGCAUGAGCUCACCAAUAUGCGUCGGUCUCAAGUUCCAUUAAUACGUGACACUUUAUCGCAACUUUGGGAAAAUGACAUGCUUCCAGCUAUUUGGUUUAUUUUUAGUAGAAGAGGGUGUGAUGCAGCUGUUGAAUAUCUUGAAGAUUGUAGACUUCUGCAUGACUGUGAGGCUAGUGAGGUUGAGCUGGAACUUAAAAGGUUCAGGCUGCAAUACCCUGAUGCUAUCCGGGAAAGUGCCGUGAAAGGACUCCUACGAGGAGUUGCUGCCCAUCAUGCUGGUUGCUUGCCUCUCUGGAAAUCCUUUAUUGAGGAACUAUUUCAGCGUGGCCUUGUUAAAGUAGUCUUCGCUACAGAAACCCUUGCAGCAGGGAUUAACAUGCCUGCGAGAACAGCUGUGAUUUCUUCUCUCAGCAAAAGAAUUGAUGCUGGACGCCAACUCUUAACCCCAAAUGAAUUAUUCCAGAUGGCAGGUCGUGCUGGACGGAGAGGGAUUGAUACAAUUGGACAUUCUGUUCUUGUUCAAACUACUUAUGAAGGGCCUGAAGAUUGUUGCGAUGUUAUCUUUGCUGGACUUGAGCCACUUGUUUCACAAUUUACCGCAUCAUAUGGGAUGGUUUUGAAUCUCCUCGCCGGUUCAAAAGUUACUCAUAAUCAGAAAGAAUCAGAUGAUGUUAAGGUUAAGCGUUCUGGAAGAACUUUAGAAGAAGCUCGAAAGUUAGUUGAGCAAAGCUUUGGUAACUAUGUUGGGAGCAAUGUGAUGGUUGCUGCUAAAGAAGAGCUUGAAAGAAUACAGAAUGAAAUACAGUACCUCUCUUCAGAAAUUACAGAUGAAUCCGUUGACCAAAAGUGUAGAGAAGAAUUAUCAGAGGAAGACUACACUGAGAUUUCUCUUCUUCAAAAGAAACUGAAGGAAGAGAAGCAGAUGAGAAAUGAACUUAAAAAAAGGAUGGAACUAGAAAGAAUGGCUGCAUGGAAAAUUCGGUUGGAAGAAUUUGAAAGUGGUCACCUUCCUUUCAUGUGCUUGCAGUACAAAGACAAAGAUUCAGUGCAGCACACUAUUCCUGCUGUUUUUAUUGGAAGCCUCAGUUCAUUUGCAGAUCAAAAGAUUCUGAGCUUGGUGGAAGGUGAUUCUCUUGUUGCUGGCAAGCAGAAAGUUGACAGUGAAGGACAGCAAUAUUACCCAUCUUAUUACGUGGCCUUGAGUUCAGACAAUUCAUGGUAUCUAUUCACUGAAAAAUGGAUUAAAGCUGUUUACAGGACAGGUCUACCUUCUGUUCCUUCUGCAGAGGGAGAUCCUCUCCCUAGAGAAACCCUGAAGCAGCUCCUUCUGCGUGAAGAUAUGGUGUGGGAUAAAAUCGCAAAAUCAGAAUAUGGUUCUUUGUUGUGCAUGGAUGGAUCUCUGGACACAUGGUCGUGGAGUCUCAAUGUUCCCGUGCUUAAUAGCCUUUCAGAAGAUGAUGAGGUAGAACGAUUCUCCCAUGAACAUCAAGAUGCCGUAGAAUGUUACAAGCAACAGAGGAGGAAGGUUUCACAAUUGAAGAAAACAAUCAGGAGUACUAAGGGCUUCAAAGAAUUUCAAAAGAUCAUUGACAUGAGAAACUUUACAAAAGAAAAGAUCGAACGUUUGGAAGCUAGAUCUCGUCGUUUAACUCGGCGGAUAAGGCAAAUUGAACCAACUGGUUGGAAGGAAUUUUUGCAGAUCAGCAAAAUCAUACAAGAGGCUAGAGCAUUAGAUAUCAAUACUCAAGUAAUCUAUCCGUUGGGUGAGACAGCAGCAGCCAUACGAGGGGAAAAUGAGCUCUGGCUUGCCAUGGUUCUUAGAAACAAGAUCCUUUUGGAUCUGAAGCCUUCUCAGCUUGCAGCAAUAUGUGGAAGUUUAGUAUCAGAAGGGAUCAAACUUCGUCCCUGGAAAAACAGCAGUUAUGUAUAUGAACCAUCUUCUGUUGUUACUGGUGUUAUAAACUACUUAGAAGAGCAGAGAAACUCACUCGUCGAUCUCCAAGAGAAGCACGGUGUGAAGAUACCCUGCGAAAUAGAUGCCCAGUUUGCUGGGAUGGUUGAAGCCUGGGCAUCAGGGUUGACAUGGAGGGAGAUAAUGAUGGACUCGGCAAUGGAUGAUGGAGAUUUAGCCCGUCUGCUCAGACGCACGAUUGAUUUACUAGCCCAGCUUGAUGGUACUACUCUCUCCGGUCCAAAAAACAAGGCGUUUUAGAAUGUGUGAAGGCAACAUGAGUUAGCUUUGACCAUAAAAAUCAUGUACCGAGUAAAAUGAUGUACAUGAAAAAUAAUAUAUUCAAGUUUGUGAUAACAAGGGCUUUUAUAAUAUUACACUUGUAUAACUUUUUAAACUUAAUGAUAAUUAAGU